UACCCUCGCAAGCUGAGAGGAAUCAAGUCAUUGACAGCUGCGGCUGAGGAAUCCCUGCAGGGAGGGGAGCCCAGAAGCCGUCUGUCCCCUCAGCCGUUCCACUGCAAGUAACAGCAGAACUCUGGCUGACACAGUGAAAGGCCCGUUCUGAAACAGUUUAAAGAGGAAGCUGGAUUUAAAUUCUUAAGUAUUAUUUGUUACCCUUCCGAAACACACACACACACACACACACACACCCUUCAAUGCAUUUCUCAAGCUUGGGCAUUGGAAUUACCCCUAGCUUCACCUUCCUUAGUGUCCUUCUGCCCCAGACUGGUUGAGUGCCCUUCCUAGCCUGGUAGGACUUAUGCCCCAUGCCCUUCAUAAAGGGCCAGUCUCCUUGGCCAGAGAGAGUCAUUUGCUAGGAAUGCAGCCCCAGAAUGGUUUUGUGUAUUCGAAUAGCUGGACUUCAGGGUUUGGGGUGGUGAGUUCUGCUGUCUGUAUGGGUAGCAGGGAGCAGAGAAUUUGAAGUCUGGAUGUCCCAGAACAUGUGUGUGCCAGGGAUGACCUAACUCAGUCUAACCAUGCCCCCUCCCCCAAAUGCUCACCCAGGAGAACCAAGCUAUCUCCAACAAUAGUGUAUGAGGUGUUCACAGACACACACACACACAGAAUCUUUGCCCUGUCUCUGGUUUAGGACAGGAGGAAGGCAGAUCUACUAUCCUUGGCUAAACCCAGAGAAGCACUUGCCCCUCCCCCAGCCAGCUUCUGCAUUCACCCACCAAUGGGACAGUGUAUCAAGAGAUAGCAGCAUCUCGGUUGUGCCUGUGCCAACACUUCAUACGUGUAUUGUCUGAUGCCAGCCCUGAGAAGUGCAGUUUUCACCACUUGAUACAUGAAGAUGAUAAGACAAAGAACAGCCUGCCCGGCACCCAGAAGAGGCUGCUGAGCCCCGGGCCAUGGUCCCCUCUCGCAGGACGUGGAACUUGGGAGCCACGCCUUCACUGCGGGGCCUGUGGAGAGUGGGCCGGGUCCAGGAGCCCAAGCCCGGGAUGGCUCGCCCCGCCCCAGCCAGCCCAGCCGCCCGCCCUUUCCCACACACCGGCCAGGGGAGGUUGAGAACUGGACGUGGAAAAGAGACCCUACCCAUUGGUGAGGAAGACUCCACUUCCCGGUCUGCAGCUCGCCCGUCUCUUGCACAGUGUCGAGCCCUCAGCGUGGAUUGGCCUGGCCCUAGGAGUCCCCAUAGACUCUACCUGACAGUGCAGGUGGAGACCCUGAAGGAAAAGCUCAUUAGCCAGGCCCAGGAAGUGAGCCGACUGCGAUCAGAACUGGGAGGCACCGACGUGGAGAAGCACCGGGACAGACUGAUGGUGGAAAAUGAGCAGCUAAGGCAAGAGCUGAGGCGCUGUGAGGUGGAGCUGGAGGAGCUCCGGGCUCAGCCGGUGGUGCCCUGCGAGGGUUGCCAGCACAGCCAGGAGAGCAGCCAGCUCCGUGACAAGCUGUCCCAGCUGCAGUUGGAAGUGGCUGAGAACAAAGGCAUGCUGUCAGAACUGAACCUGGAGGUGCAGCAGAAAACUGACCGGCUGGCCGAGGUAGAGCUGCGGCUCAAGGACUGCCUGGCUGAGAAAGCACAGGAGGAGGAGCGGCUCAGCCGGCGCCUGCGUGACAGCCACGAGACUAUCGCCAGUCUGAGGGCCCAGUCUCCCCCUGUUAAGUAUGUCAUCAAGACAGUGGAGGUAGAGUCUUCUAAGACCAAGCAGGCCCUCAGCGAGUCCCAGACCCGGAACCAGCACCUGCAGGAGCAAGUGGCCAUGCAGCGGCAGGUGCUUAAGGAGAUGGAGCAGCAGCUGCAGAACUCCCAUCAGCUGACAGUCCAGCUGCGGGCUCAGAUUGCCAUGUAUGAGGCAGAGCUGGAGCGGGCACACGGGCAGAUGCUGGAGGAGAUGCAGUCCUUGGAGGAGGAUAAGAACCGGGCCAUUGAGGAGGCCUUUGCACGGGCCCAGGUGGAGAUGAAGGCGGUACACGAGAACCUGGCAGGUGUCAGAACUAACCUGUUGACGCUGCAGCCUGCACUGAGGACCCUCACCAAUGACUACAAUGGGCUCAAGCGGCAGGUGCGGGGUUUCCCCUUGCUGUUGCAGGAGGCUCUCAGGAGUGUCAAAGCUGAGAUCGGCCAGGCCAUUGAGGAGGUUAAUAGCAACAACCAGGAGCUGUUGCGCAAGUACCGCCGGGAGCUACAGCUGCGCAAGAAAUGUCACAACGAGCUGGUACGGCUGAAGGGAAACAUCCGGGUGAUUGCCCGAGUCCGACCAGUCACCAAGGAGGAUGGGGAAGGACCUGAGGCAACCAAUGCUGUGACCUUUGACCCUGACGAUGACUCUAUCAUCCACCUGCUGCACAAGGGCAAGCCUGUGUCCUUUGAGCUGGACAAGGUCUUCUCCCCAUGGGCUUCUCAGCAGGAUGUGUUCCAGGAGGUGCAGGCCCUCAUUACCUCCUGCAUCGAUGGCUUCAAUGUCUGUAUCUUUGCUUACGGCCAGACAGGUGCCGGCAAGACAUAUACAAUGGAGGGGACCCCCGAGAACCCAGGCAUUAAUCAGCGGGCCCUGCAACUGCUCUUCUCGGAGGUGCAGGAGAAGUCUUCUGACUGGCAGUACAACAUCACCGUCAGUGCAGCUGAGAUUUACAACGAAGUCCUCAGGGACCUGCUGGGGAAAGAGCCUCAGGAGAAGUUGGAGAUCCGACUGUGCCCAGAUGGCAGUGGGCAGCUCUAUGUGCCAGGGCUGACUGAGUUCCAGGUGCAGAGCGUGGAUGACAUCAACAAGGUGUUUGAGUUUGGCUACAACAACCGCACCACCGAGUUCACCAACCUGAAUGAGCAUAGCUCACGCUCCCACGCUCUGCUCAUUGUGACAGUGAGAGGGGUGGACUGCAGCACUGGCCUCCGCACCACGGGGAAGCUGAACCUGGUGGACCUGGCUGGCUCAGAGCGUGUGGGCAAGUCAGGGGCUGAAGGCAACCGCCUGCGAGAGGCACAGCACAUCAACAGGUCACUGUCCGCCCUGGGGGACGUCAUUGCUGCCCUGCGUUCUCGACAGGGCCAUGUGCCCUUCCGCAAUUCCAAACUCACCUACCUGCUGCAGGACUCACUCAGUGGUGACAGCAAGACCCUCAUGGUGGUACAGGUGUCCCCAGUGGAGAAGAACACCAGUGAGACUCUGUACUCCCUCAAGUUUGCUGAGAGAGUUCGCUCUGUGGAGUUGGGCCCUGGGUCCCGCCGCACAGAGCUGGGUUCCUGGUCAAGCCAGGAGCAUCUGGAGUGGGAGCCAGCUUGCCAGACACCGCAGCCUCAAGCACGAUCCCACUCUGCCCCUGGCUCCGGGACCAGUAGCCGCCCAGGCUCCAUCCGAAGGAAACUGCAGCCGUCAGCCUGACAGCUGGGGCUGCAGUCUCCAGGGAAAUUGAGGCCAGUGCCUGUGUGAGGAUGUGCCACUCUUACAGGCCUGGACCUGGGCCUGGCUACCUGCUCUAACACCCACCAUGAAUGCAAGAGAUGGAGGCUCUUCCGCCCUGCCUCUCCUCAGAGAUGAGAAACAUGUUCAGAAGGAAGCAAGUCUUUGUGUGGCUCUGGGCACCCAAGCAUGGGGCUUCUGGAAGGGCAGGGAUGGCACUCUGCCUGGUGGUAGGCCAAGGGCAUGGGAGUCUAGCCCUUGUGUGGGAGGGUGGCCCUCCCUCCCCGCCUGGCCCUUGGGCCGGGUGUUCUCUACUAGUGGAGAAGGCUUGAGGAGCCAGCUGGGGGUCAGGGGAGAGCAAGAGCAUCUCUAUCUACCCUCCUGAGGAGGGGAGCCCUCACGGGGCAUGUAUAUAAUGUUCCUAGGUGUAUAUACAAGUCCUCACCCUGACAAGGGUCUGGGCUAUAUUUAUGGCUGGCAGAGGCUAGUGUGGAAGGGCUGGGUCCUGCUCAUCUGCCUGACACCAGACACUCUCCCUGCCCACUGACUCUCAACAUGGUCCUCUCCCCGAAUCCUAUUUAAGAACUUUUGGAAGCUUAGCCAUUUUUACUUAUUAAAAUGAAUGUCUUUUUACACAA